AGGGGUUGAUGGGUGGACGGUGGCUGCAUGAGGGGCGGAUCCCGGUUGUAAAACGUGGUGGUCCAGUAGGAGGAGUCUGAUGGCAUAAAAAGAGCGGCCAGAGAAGAGAAACUCACUACUGGAAACAUCGGCUACAAUGAAGCUGCUGAAGGAACCGGAGGGUGCCACCACCGACAGAAAGUUGAUAAAAUCUCAGGUGGAGAAACGCAGAAGGGAGAGAAUGAACCGCAGUCUGGAUCGUCUGAGGACCAUGUUGCUGCAGGAGCCCCAGCAGGGUGGGACUCAGCACAGGGUGGAGAAAGCUGAGAUCCUGGAGCGCACGGUCCUCUUCCUCCAGAACACUGACAAAGAAAGCAAGGCCAGAGCUGGAGCAGGUGGUGGCGGCCAGAAACACUCUUUCCAAGAGGGUUUCUCCGCCUGCCUGCAGAGAGCUGCUCAGUUCCUGGGGCCUGAGGGAAAAGGCCUGUGGCUCGGAUCUGCCCUGGAUUCAUCUUUCACUGCUCGCUUCGCACGUUCAGAUUCUGACCCUGCAGCCGCCCAGAGACGACCCUUCACCUCUCUGCCACAAUCCAAGUCCAUCCUUCGGCUGCUGAGGCAGAAGUCCAAGCACAAGCUGCACGCACGAGCCGUCGCCGGGAGCAGUUGUGCUCAUCCGUACCGGCUUGCAGCGCAGCAGAGCUUCCCCAGAGUUCCCCAGCAGCCUCAGAGACAAAGUCAGCUCGAGAUCAGAGCCGAGAGAAGAGCAGACAAACAGAGCUCGUCCCAGAGCUGCCCGGCCAGCCAGACGUUGUGGAGGCCUUGGCCCUGACCGUCAGGCAGUGACUUCAGAACUAUCAAUGACUCACAACUAAUCAAUAUUCCCUGGUUCCAAACGUAUAUUGUUCCUGACAGAAUAUUUGCAUUGUAGUCUUGUGAAAGCUCAUAACCUUGAAGCCUGUAAAUACUGUAAAUAUCUGAUUUGUUCAUGUGCUGUAUGUGUGAUAGGGUUGACUCACUGCUCUUAUUUAAUGAGCUCAGUCAGUGGGGCAGCCGUCUAACCCGCUCACAGGCACAGGGUCUCUCCCAGGCAGGGACGCACCUGAGCUGGAUCAUCCCAGCUGUCCAGCUGCUGUGCUGAAGAGCAAGUGAAGAGGUAAGUGGUGAGGCGCUGAGGGGGUACUGCCCUCUUUCAUGCACUGCUAAAAACCCGCUGCUACAUCUGCUGUUAUGAGUCAAGAUUCUGAAGUGGAUAAUGAUUGAGUGUCCAUCCGUCACAUUUCCAGGUGUGGGACCGCAAGGGUUUGAGGCUGGGAGAGCCCCACCAAACCCCUCACAUCCACCUGCGUGCCACGAUGUUCGCUGGCACGCUUGACAGCUGUGUACAAUAUCAUUUGUAUCCUCUCUCUAGAUAUAUAUCUGGUCUAUUUUGCACACUAAUUUAUUCUGGAUGUCUCCCUAUGGUGAGCAGUAUUCUCCUUUUAUAUGAAAAAAAUAAAAACAUCUCUCAAAAUGAAA